GUAUUUGCACUUUUGGCUGGAGUGCCAAUUGUUGGCAUAAAAUAUUGGACUUCAGUACUGGAGGCUAUUGAUUCUAAAAGUAGUCUCCCAGAUGCUAACUUAUUUACACUUUCAUUACAAGAUAAGGGUAUUGGUACACGACGUGUAUCGCUUCAACCAAAUUCUAAACGUAAACAAUUAUUUCAAGGAAAAAAAUUUAUUAUUUUUUCUGAAUGUACCUACAAUAGUUACGAAAAAAUGAUUCGAUGUGCAGGUGGAGUACCUGAGCUGCACGUUGUGGAUACAAGAGAUAUAUUGAAUUUACUAAUACCUAAUAGUAAUCUUAUAAUUCAGUUGACAAAUGCUGAUAAUACAUCAAUAAAUCCAAAAUUGUUGAAUUCUAAACUAAAUGAGGAAUUACAAAAAAAGAAUCACAGAAUGAUCGCUGAAACUGAAAUACCUUUGGCAAUAAUGUAUGCAUCCUUAGAUCAAUACUGCAAUCCAACUUAUCAUUUCAAACAACUUAUUAUGAGGAAAAGUCUUAAAGAAGACACAUCAGAAAUACUUGCACUUGAUACUCAAGACAUUCUCGUUCCUAACUUUGAUUAUAAUCGUAGCACAUGUGCCUCGAAAAGAAUUUUCGUCCCUGAAACUAAUGGUUACACCCAAGAAAACGAAGAAAAAAGCAGUAAAAAUUAAUCACAAGUGUUUAUUAAGGUCAAGCGUUGAAAAACAUCCAAAUGAAAAUUCUAGUGAUUCUAAAUCUUUCGUAAAGGUUCUUAUUCAGGUUUCUACAGAAAGAAUAUCACUAUCAGAUAUGUGCAGAUAGAAAACUACGUUUUAAUUUAAUCUAUAGUUUAUUUAGCUCAUUUUGAUGAUUUAUUGUUUAUUUACUUAUAUUAAGUAUAGAAAAAAAUUCAUAUGCUACAAAUUUUAGUUUUUUACCACUU